CUUUUAGGAUCUCCCAACGUCUUGAGUUUCUAUCCUUCUCCGUUCCCUUUCAUCUUUCCGUUUUCCUCUCGCGUGUCUCCGCCCUCCAGUCGUUACAGUCGUGAUGUCCAUGCCUCUGCUCGCGUAUGGCUGAGAAUACGAGAAAUUCGGAACUCGUGCCCAUCUAGGACGCCUUGCAACCCCGCGGAAAUUUGGUAGAGCCCAGUCGAGUGUAGACAAAACGAAACGCAGAGCUUCGCUGCAUUUUAUACGCACAGCGUCGGGUCCGCAGCAGCAGUUUGGGUAUCGCUGCACCGUUUUUAUGACCUGAGCAUCGCUGCUGAGGCGUGUAAAAGGUAUCUGCGGGCCAUGGCAGAACGAGAAGGAGCUUGGCCUCUGCCGGACUGGAACACCAGUACCGACAAUAUCUUGCACACAACUGAAAGAUCAGAAAAGCCGUUUGGCGUGACAGCACAGUACACAUUUGCGCCUCCGGUUAGAACGAGGAAGCAUAGCCGACUAUGGGUGGUGCUCGCUAUGAUGGCCGUCAUAGUGGCCAUCGUUGGUACCACCAUAGGUGCACUAUUCGCAGCAAAGGUCGUACACACGAAGUCGAACAUGGAAUCGGAUUCACAACUGGCGGCAGACGGUGGGUCGCCUACCACGUCAACGAGCCCGACGCCCACCAGUUCUGCCGUGGCGACGAGCACCUCCAAAGUCAGCACGUGCCCUACCGCCGACGAUAUUCCCAGUGACGCCAAAGGGACCUGGCUCGACACGACGAGCUGGUUGGACAUGAGGGACUUCAACUGCACGUUCACCGAUAAAAUGGUCGGCGGACUCCCAAUCGCGGGCCUUAAUUCCACCUGGAACGACACCGCUCGGGCGAAUCCAAACGUUCCGGCCUUGAACCAGACAUGGCCCUACGGCACGCUGCCUAUCCGCGGCGUGAAUCUCGGGGGCUGGCUCUCGUUGGAACCGUUCAUAACGCCCUCGUUAUUUGAUGCCGUUCCCGGAGCGGUAGACGAGUACACGCUGUGCCAGAAACUGGGAACGAAAGCCGCGCAGACUUUGGAGGAGCACUACUCGACGUUCAUCACGGAGGACGACUUCAAGGCCAUCGCCGCCGCCGGUCUGGACCAUGUCCGUAUCCCGUAUUCGUAUUGGGCGGUGAGGACGUACGACGGCGAUCCGUACGUUGCGAACGUGUCUUGGCGUUACCUGCUACGAGCCAUCGAAUGGGCUCGGAAGUACGGUCUUCGCGUCAGCCUGGAUCUUCAUGCCGUUCCUGGCAGUCAGAAUGGCUGGAACCACAGUGGAAGGCAAGGGUCCGUCGAUUGGAUCGUGGGUCCGGACGGCGCACUCAACGCGCAGCGCUCGCUGGACAUACAUCAGCAGCUUGCAACCUUCUUUGCGCAGCCAAGAUACAACAACGUCGUCACUUUCUACGGUCUCGUAAACGAGCCGAGCAAGGACAUUCCGCUGAACGAGCUCGAAGCCUGGACAUCGCAAGCUUACAACGUCAUCCACGGCGCAGGGUUCAACUCCACGCAGGUCUUCAGCGAAGCCCUGCGAGGUCUACCCGCAUGGCAAGGCCAGCUGCAGGGCUACGGCAACAGUUUGGCUCUCGACGUCCACGAGUAUUUGCUCUUCGACGACGCUCUCAUCUCCAAGACCCACGCGGAAAAGGUCGGGUUUGCUUGCGAAACCUACAAAGAAACGAUGACCGCCAGCAUAAACACCGCGACCGGUUUUGGCCCCACGAUGGUGGGGGAGUGGUCGCAGGCGGACACUGACUGUCAGAAGUACCUGAAUGGCGUUGGCAUGGGCUCUCGAUGGCUAGACACCUUCAACGCAGACGGGAGCCAGCCCAACUGUCCAACACACGACAAACAGUGCAGCUGCGACCUUGCAAACGCCGAUGCGUCGACCUUCUCGGCAGACUACAAACUGUUCUUAAAGACAUUUGCGGAGGCCCAGAUGAGCGCGUUCGAGAUAGGUUGGGGAUGGUUUUACUGGACGUGGAAAACCGAGUCGGCACCGCUAUGGAGUUAUCAGGCCGCACUUGAAGGCGGCUUCAUGCCGCCCAUCGCCUAUCAGCACGAUUGGGACUGCUCGCAACCGGUACCGAGUUUCGGUAGCCUCCCGGAGACGUACUGAGCUUCGGCUUAGAACACUCGUAACACGGUACGGCGUUUUUUUUUCUUUUCUGGAGGGUUUGACUUAUGAUGGGAUGAACUACGUGAGAGAUACCAGGAGGAUUUCAAUGUUUAUUGUAUAAUGAAUAAUUCUGCGAUUGACAGAAGUCAUGCUUAGCAGAUACCAGCGACGUCUGCAAAUCAAAA